ACGUUUCUCCGCUUCCUACUUACUAGCCCUUCUCGCGCAUUUGUCCCUACGAUAUACGUAAACUGUUGCCAUUAACUAAAACACUAAAUUCGGUGUUGAAAUUAGUAUACCUGUAUCCAGAGGCUAAUUUGCUACUCGUUAAUAUAGCAUUUGUCAGCCUUUCUCCUAUUUGAGGAGCGUAAUUCCUGCGAACUAGAAUUAAUUGGAUUCGCAAAGUCCGGUGCGCUUUUAUUAAAUCCGCUUGAAGAGUGCUGUGCUGGUAUACCAUACAAAAUGGAUAUUCAGAAACAAGGAACGGCUCUUAUGGAGCGCGUUUUUAUGGGGCCCUUAAUCGUCGAAUUGCGAAUGGUCUUUAAACAGAUUCGUCGAGCCAUUGAGCACGAAUUUCAGUACUUAUUAAGCUCGUCAAAAAAGCUUAUGGAGAAUAUGAGUUCUGCGGAACAAAUUGAUCGUGAAUUGAACACUGCAUUACAAGGUAUACAGAAAACUAGGUCAAAGCUUAAGCGUCUAGAUGAAACUGAGAAAAAAUUAUUCCGCAGUAUCCGAGAAGAAGCUGAAUAUUACGGUCGCUUAGACUCCAUUACAUCCAUUGAUUCGCCCCAAUUUCGUGAAUGGUCUUUACAGCGUACAGAAAGACACAUCCUUCAGUACAUGCUCAUGCAGGAUAUGUAUCCCUCUGCGGCCAUACUGGCAAAACGUUUGGGAAUGCAAGACAAUUUUAUUCUCGACAUCUAUAGUCGCAAUUGCCGCAUCGUGAAAUCGUUAGAGGAUUGCGAUCCAACAGAAGCCCUUGCUUGGUGUGUAGAAAACCGGUCUGAACUCCGGAAACGGAAGGUGCAUCUUGAGCAACAGAUUCGGAUUCAGCAAUACGGGAGUCUUGUACGAGAAAACAAAAGGCUUGAAGCAAUCCGUUUCGCACGGAAGUAUUUCCCCCAAUGCUACACAGACGUACCUAAUGAUAUGUACGGCAUGUUCGGUCUCCUUGUCAUGUCGCCCGCUACAAAACAGAAGCCAUAUCGAAGUAUAUUCAAAGGGCAUACAUGGUCUCAUCUUGCUUGCGAGUUUCACGACACAUACUAUUCCAUGUACGGAAUACCGUUUUACUCAUCAUUGGAGCAUUUUGCUAUGGCAGGGCUAGGUGCUCUAAAAACAGAGUGUUGUGAGAGUGAUGUUUAUGCACCCCGUUCAUACUCCGAAACUCAAUGUCCUAUAUGUUGUCCCUGGUUUCACCAGAUGCAUCCAUUUAUCGCAAAUGCUCACAUAUCAAGGACAAUGUUGAUUGAUAGCUUAACGGGAAAGCUCCUAGAUGUGAAUCAAGAUUUAGUGGCUUUUUCCAAUGGUCAAACAUACAGUCUACGGAGCCUCUUAAAUUGGAACGAGAAGCUAAAAAAGACGAAAGGUUUCGUUCAAGACCCAAAAUCAUGCCAAAUUGUCAGUGUUAACUCUUUACGGAAGGUGUACAUUUUGUAAAACAACGAAUUGAAGCUACGUACUCUUUUUAGAAUGCCCUUAAUGACUAAUAUAAUUAUGAAACGAAUCGCCAGGUGCGUAUUGACGCGUCCUACUCUUGAAAUUACGAAGUUUACCCUUUACAAAUACAAUAGCUAUUAUAAUGAGUGAAU